GUCUCCGUGAGUGUCCAGCUCACGCAAAGCAGUGAGUGCCAUUUGUUUACAAGUCGUUUCGCCAAUCGAUCGCACGUGCUCUGUGAAAUUGUGCAAAUUUUGGAAAAAUUGUGUGUUUUUUGGUGAAAUUCGGAGCUCUGACAUGGAAGGCGUUUCGAAGAUAUUUGGCGGUGUUGUGGACGCCAAGGAAGGCAACGUGAGAAAGCUGCUUUCGGCGUUGGACGAACAUCAGACGGUGUGGGCCGAGCCCCAGCACGAGCUAGAGUUCUACUUUUCGAAAAUCGGUGCCCUUUUGGGCACGGCCUCAACGCGGGAUCGUGGUCUGAUCGCCUUGAGCCAUCUCAUCCCGCAGUGUCCGCUGGACAUUCUGGAGGAUAAGCUGCAGUACUAUGUGAACGUGUGCGCCAAAAUCUGCAACCAGAAGGGCCACGUCGCUAGCAUUCCGCUGGCGUACGAUGUUUUGAAACAACUUUUGAUCAAGUCGUUGGAAUCUUCCGACCUGAAUAAGUUGGCCAUCAGCGUCAUUCCGAAGCUGAUGGACAACAUCACCAGUUCGGUAGAUCCGUCGACGCAUGCCGCGACGCUUGAUUUCCUUGAAACGGCCAUGCGUCACUAUCCGGGUGUAACUGGUUCGGCCAAAACCCGCAUCGAGGACUAUCUGUACUCUUUGGUUGACUCGGAAGAUUCGCAGGUCGUUGAGCGGACCGGCCGAUGUCUGCUGCUGUUGCAGCAAAUCCGAGGUGGCGGCCAGCAUGGCAGUUUGCACAAGAAGACCUGGGAUGAAUACCAGUGCAAACUGGUCGAUACGAUUCAUGACCUGUUGGGUACGGUCUUCGCUCACACUCCGGAGACUUUCGAUGUGGACGAGAACUUGGAGUGUCUCAAACUGCCGAAGCUUGUGACGGAUGACGAACCGGUGUUAGCUGCCCGAAGAGUGGUGACCCGCUUGCUGAAUUUGAUAAGUUAUCUGGAAGAGGCAAUCGUUCAACCCUAUCCGGUUCCGAAGCCAUUCCGUCCCAUGAAGUUGCUGAACGUGGUCCUUCGGGGACACUCGGUUAGCUGUCAGACCAUGGCGAAGAACACUAUCCAGGAAAAUCUUGCCCUUGGGAUGUUGCUGCCUCAGAUUCAGGUGCAGCUCUUGAAGGUUUUGGACGGGCUGGUUCUGGUGCUGAAGUCGAAUAUGUUGCCGUUUGGUAAUCUUCUGACGGAUCUGUUCGAACAGUGCCUGAAGGGAACGCUGACUACCGGUGCCAAGGGCCGUAAAAAGUCCUACAUUGGGUUACGGACCAAGGUGUACGAAAGCAUUGGGCUGUGGUGCGAAACGGCCAAGUACGGAAGUGGAGUAGAGGAGAUCACGGACAGUCUGCUGGAGCAUAUCGUUCAGGACGUGGCUCCGUUCGAAUCGGAGGUGACGCUGCAGGUCAACGCCAGUCGUCAAAAAUUAUCCGCCAAGGCGAAAAAGAAGCUGCAAAAGGAGCAGAACGCUGCCACUUCCUUGGCAAAGACGCACUCAACAAACUCCUUCGAAAACUCCAAACACCUUCAGUCGGACUACGGCAACGAAGUCCUGUGCUUGGCAGCCCUUCGCUGCCUGGUCAAAAUACUGAACGCAGCCGGCUGUUUCAUCAAGCCCAUCAUGCAGAAACUCAUCCAGGAAAAGAUAGUCUCCCUCUGCUUUUCAGUAUUCUCGCAGCUGAACACGGGUACCCGGCAGAACCUCUACUUCGAUCCCAACUGUCGCAAGGCCCUAAUGUCCGCUCUUCACGCUUUGAUCGUCAAUCCCCACCAUAUAUGUCCUCCUCCGCUGCAAUAUGGGGUUCAUUUGUUUAACAUAGUUCAAGUGCAAGACCCUAAUGGAGACGUUCGAGCUCGGGCUUCCGAACUAUGUCGUUCAACCGAAACUUUGGUUCAUCCACGCAAGGAAGUGUUUUACUUCCCUGUAGAAGAAAACACCGUUAAAGAUAUGUUAGCGGCAAAGAAGAAACUGCAAGUAAAUAGUGCCUUCUUCCCGGCAAAACGCACAUAUGACGCGAAUAAGACUCCCAUUAGCUUCGAGAAAGUCAAGCAACCGGUCUCCGAACCAGUGAGGGCAGAAGUUGCACCAGCAUCAGACAAUGAAAGCGAAGACGAUGAACCGAUCGCUACGGUUGAAGAGGUCACAAUCGAGGAGAAACAGUCUCCAGAAGUCGUUUACAACCUCGAUGACGAUGAAAAUAGGGCUAAUUUCAAUAGCGGUCAACUACAAAAGUCUAUAUCUGAAAAGACUGUAGAACCAGCGGCAAUCGAAAUCGAUUCCGACGCUGACGAAGAAAGUGAAGUUGAAAUAGUUGUGGGAGAGGGCCAGAAGAGCUUAGAAAAACCCGGUAAACAAGUAGCGAACGAGGAUGAUGAAGUAGAGGUUGUCGAACAACCGUUAUCUACACCGAAGACAGCUGCUACACAAAAUGGUAAUUCGAUGUCUCCGAAAAGCGUGCAGAAACGAAAAUCGGAAACUACUGCUGCCACAGAAAGUGCAGAAUCUAGUGAAAAGAAAUCGAAAACGAACGCUGAAACAGAAGACGUCGAAGCUCGUGUAGAUGAUUUGGUAGCAGAGUUCGUGGACGAAUUGAUCGAUGACGUUGAGUAGGUUUGUAUAUUUUAUAUAAUACAAUUGUGUUAUUAUUCACAA